UCCGUCUUCUAGUCACUUUGGGGUCAUGCACUUUCAUCUGGGCAGGGUGGGUGACUAACUGGGAGCAUGAACGUUGAACCUUGGAAGGGAGUUGGAGCCCUAUUGCACUUGUCAAGUUUUUUACAUCCUGUGUGUGAUGGAGAACGUGUGUCUAAAUCCCGCGGGCAAGGGCUUGAGGCUGCGCAUGUGUUUGUAAAAUACCAGGAGCGUAGAAAUGUCUCUGGGACGUGUAGGUGGGGGAUGAAGAGACAGGGGGAAAUGGGGUACAUGCACCUAGGAUUUUGGAAAUGUCAUCUUAAAUUGACAGAGUACUGAUCUGUCUCUUCUUUUUUACUAAGAGAAAGGUGACCAGUGCGUUACAAUGUAACAAGCUGAUCUGAUUGCAUCACCAGCAGACUUUCUGGGACUUAUAAAUAAAUGUAAAAUGGAAUGUUACUGUAUUGAUUUACCAGAGAUAUUUUAGUACAUCAAAGUUAGGCUAUUUAAAGUCUGAUUCCCAUAGCAGCCAUAAGCGGGCAUCUUUUUGCACAUAUAACGAGCUUUAUUCCAAUGUCUGGUGUUGCAUUAACAUCCAACUUUUAAUUAUUAACUGACUUGGAGUUAAUGAAAUUAAGACUCUUUGGCACAUCAAUGAGGGGGGGAAAAUCUCAUUUACAAGUGGUGGUUUAUAGGUCCUUAUCCAGCAGUUGGAUUUGUAUGGCAGGUUGUGACUUCAAAUGCAAGUUGUCGAUUACGAUGAAUUUCCAAAUUGUUUGUACACUUUAAAAAAGCUCUGCCAUAAAUGCACAACACUCAAAUAAAUACGCUGCAACUUACUCAACUGCCCACGUUCUAAUAAUGCUGUUCUUUCAUAUUUGGCAAACGCUUUUCAAGAACAGUCCACCAAAGCUGUCUGGGUUAGCGAGACAAGCCAUAGAAUAAAUUAUCUGCACACCCUUUGUACUUGUAGUGCAGCACUUACAGAUAUUGCUCAGUUCCUUUCCUGCUGGGAGGGUAUAGCUCUUAGAUAGAGUGACCUGUCGUAUUUGGAAGUUUAAAUCUUGUCAUACUGUUUUCCUGUCAGUCAUGCAUAGUUCAGACUGAUUGAGAAAGAAUUCUGCUUCCUUCCCUAGACCUGAAGAAGAGCUUGGUGUAGCUUGAAAGCUUGUCCCUUCCACCAACAGAAGCUGGUCCAAUAAAAGAUAUUAUCUCACCCACCUUGUCUCUCAAAAAAUUCAUUGACGUAUAGAAGGCGAGUGGGAGCAUAUAUAUAUGGGGAGAGGGAGAGAAUAACGGUGUCUUCUCAUUUAGCUAUUCAGGAGAGCACUGUAGCAUUUUAAAGGAAUGUCAAAAAUAUCCUGGUGGGUUGCUGUUAUUCUUGGAAUCACUAUAUUUUCUAGGAGAUGUUCUAGUCAUGUCUGAAAAAGAUGUCAGUGAAAAUCUAAAAGUAGGUGACUCCCAGAAGGAUGAGACUGGACAGCGAGCGGAGGAAGCUGGGUCCGUGGAGAGCAGCGGUAGGGAAGAGGAUGAACCUGAACCUGUGGCUCUGACUCGGAAAAGACCCGAAGCCAAACCCUCCAGCGAGCCUAUUGCUGCAGAAGAGCCAGUGGAUCAAGCCCUGAAAGUAUCUGAUUCCACUGAUGCAUCUCAGACGGGAUGGGGAUACUGGGGGAGCUGGGGAAAGUCACUUCUCUCCACUGCCUCGGCCACAGUAGCUACAGUAGGACAAGGUAUUUCGAAUGUCAUCGAAAAAGCAGAGACGUCCCUUGGGAUCCCCAGCCCUAGUGAAAUCUCAUCAGAGGCCAAAGUUGUUACAGGAGAUGCAGGAAGCCAGAGUUCUGAAGCAAGUAGUACAGGCGGAGUUGAUGACAGCAGUUCCUCGCCCAUCAGUGGAGCUUUCGGAGUUUUAUCCACUCUUUCUACAGCUGUUCAAAGCACAGGGAAGAGUGUUAUUAGUGGAGGUUUGGAUGCCUUGGAAUUCAUUGGAAAGAAGACAAUGGAUGUGAUAGCUGAAGGAGACCCUGGAUUCAAGAAAACAAAGGGCUUAAUGAACAGGAAUUCUACACUGUCCCAGGUCUUGCGAGAGGCAAAGGAGAAAGAAGAGCAGAGGACAGCUACCGAGGUUACCAUGGCUACUGAGAAGAAAGCCCAUUAUGGGUUACUCUUUGAUGAGUUUCAGGGUCUUUCACAUCUGGAAGCCUUGGAGAUGCUUUCCAGAGAGAGUGAUUCAAAGGUGAAGUCGGUUAUAAACGCCCUCUCUGGAGAAGAGUUAGACAUGUUAAAAGUGGAGUUGGAGCAGCUCAAAGAAGCAUUUUCAUUAGCUGAAUUUUAUGAUGAUGAAGAGGAAGAGAAGAAGGGAGACGAAGAUUUCACAAAGGAAAUAACUGCGCUUUUCUUCGAACUGCACGUCUCUGCCAAGCCAGACAAACUAGCCGUGGCAAGGAAAUCUGCUCAUGACUGGAUUGAAAGACUCAACGUGGAAGCUCCAAAAGAGGGGGAAAUGAGCGAAGAAAACCAACAGCUGGAGUCAGGGGAUGCUGACCAAGAUGUUCAAACAUCGGUAGAGGAUAUUCAUGCAUUUGCCAUUAGAAGUCUGGCUGAACUGACAGCCUACUCCAUUGAAAUGUUCCACAAAACUGCAGCCUUGGUCCUACAUGGUCAGAAGCAAGAGGUGUCAGCCACAGGCCGAGCCAAAGCCCUUUCACAAAUGACUAUUGUGCUGUGUAAAGAAUUGUCUUCUCUAUCUAAAGAGUUCACUACAUGCUUAACAACUGCAGGGGUCAAAGAGAAGGCAGAUGUGCUUAACCCAUUAAUCACUGGAGUGUUUUUGGAGGCUUCAAACAGUGCUUCGUAUAUCCAAGAUGCCUUCCAGCUACUCCUGCCUGUGCUACAGAUCUCUCUGAUCCAGACUCGAACUGAAUUAUCACAGCAGUGAAUUAAUCCUGCUAGUCGAGCAGAAAGCACAUCUGCCCACUUGAUCGUUCCCUUGCCUGGGAAUGGGGUAGGGACAGAAAAUAAACGAAGCUUUAAUCACUGGUACUACAGUGGUGAUGAUAAAAUGCUGACUGGCCAGGUCUUAGCUGUACAAUUUGUCAGGAGACAUGAAGGAUGCAAUUAGCAUAGUCUAGGCAUCUGGGCAAUCUGGCAGGUUAAAAAUGCAGGUGGUUUCUUAGGGUCUGGCUACACUUAAACUGCUACAGCAGCGCAGCUGUGCCUCUGUUGUACUUGAGUGUAGACACUACCUACGCUGACCAAAGG